GCCAGGGGACACGGGCAGGGACGCAGCGUCCCAGCCUGGGGGGCUCUCGAAAGCGGAGGAAUUGCCAGCAGGGAAUGUGUGAUGCAUUUGGGCUGUCCAGCUAUCCAGGCAGCAGUCACUGGGGUUGAGCUGAGAGUUGUCCCUUAGCUGCUGCAGCUUGAGUGCUCCCAAAUGCAGGGAUCUGGUGGAGUUUCCACCUGGCAGCACUUGGGCACCGGAGAGGCUUUCCCAUGGGCAGAGUGGCUUGUGCUUCAUCUUCUGGAUGCCCAAGGAAGGUGCUGUCGUUCUCCUCAAGCUCUUGAUACAGUCAGGAAAAUUAGAGGAGCUUCCAAAAGCAUAAGCAUAUCUGCAGGUCUGGAGCAGGAACUGUGGGGUUUGGAGCCAAAUGGGAGUUGGGAAGUUGGAGCUCAGCGUGCUGGUGUGGACCAUGUUCCCGAGGAUGUGGUUGGGAAUCUGCAAGACCCUGUGCCCUGCAGGGUCCCUUAAUUUUCUCCGGUGUGGGACAACUCCUACUCUGUGCCAGGUUUUGAUUGGCUUUCCGAAGAGGCAGUGUCCUAUAAAUUGCCUUCUCGACUCUGCUUCUGCCUUAUCACCAGCUGAGGCCCAGCACACCUGAAGGGGGAAGAUGCCAAUCGUCAGGAACCUGGGCAGAGCUGCCAGCCAGCUGCUGCAGAGCUCUGGCUGUGGCUGUGGGGUGUCCCUGGUGCCCGUCCGGGCCAUUGGGGUGUCCCCACGCCAGGUGGCCUCCGACGCCAGCUUCCACUCGGUGACGUUCUCCGAGUCGGGUCAUCCCCGGGUGCUAAUCACAGGUGGUCUUGGCCAGCUCGGAGUGGGACUUGCAAAGCUGCUCAGGAAACGCUUUGGAAAGAACAAUGUGAUCUUGUCUGACAUUAGAAAGCCUGCAGAUAAUGUUUUUUAUAGUGGUCCUUUUAUCUUCGCGGAUAUCUUGGACUACAAGAACCUGCGGGAGAUCGUGGUGAACAACCGCAUCACGUGGCUGUUCCACUACAGCGCCCUGCUCAGCGCCGUGGGAGAGGCCAACGUGCCCCUGGCCAGAGCUGUCAAUAUCACUGGUUUACACAAUGUUCUGGACAUUGCAGCCGAGCAUAACUUGAGGCUCUUUGUUCCAAGCACCAUUGGAGCCUUUGGACCCACCUCUCCUCGAGAUCCAACUCCUGAUCUCUGCAUUCAGAGACCAAGGACAAUCUAUGGAGUCUCCAAGGUCCAUGCUGAACUUAUGGGAGAAUACUACCACUACCGCUAUGGCCUGGACUUCCGCUGCCUCAGGUAUCCAGGGAUUAUCUCUGCUGAUUCCCAGCCUGGCGGGGGAACAACUGAUUAUGCUGUCCAGAUUUUCCAUGAUGCUAUAAAGACUGGCAAAUUCAAGUGUUACCUGAGGCCAGACACCCGGCUGCCCAUGAUGUACAUCGAUGACUGCCUGAAGGCCACGCUGGAGGUCAUGGAGGCCCCUGCAGAAGCCCUGACCAUGAGGACCUACAACAUCAGUGCCAUGAGCUUCACUCCUGAGGAGCUGGCCCAGGAGGUGCAGAAGUAUGUCCCUGAGCUCCAGAUGACCUACAAUGUGGAUCAAGUCAGGCAGGCCAUAGCUGACAGCUGGCCCAUGAACUUUGACGACAGCAACGCCCGCAGGGAUUGGGGUUGGAAACACGAUUAUGACCUCCCCGAGCUGGUGACCACGAUGUUUAGCUACCUUGGGUCUGACUCCAGGAUUGCCCAAGCUAACUGAAAUGCUUUCAGAUGUUUCCAGAUUUCCACAGAGGACCAGGAAGAAAUGGCUGAAUUUUAGUUUCUAAUUUUCUGAGUCUUAGAGCAUGUCAGUUACUAAUUUUCGUAAGUAGCAACAGAGUUGGGCAGAAACGUCCUGUAGCUGGAAUGUCCUUUAGAUACACAACAGCACUGGGUGCUGUCCCCAAACACAGCACUGCUGACAAACACAGGGUUCUUGAACAUUCACACUUAGGGAAAAACACCAAAAGUAACACUUACUCCUGGCUGAUGGCUUUCCAAUCAUUCCUGCCUCUUCCUUGGCAAACAGCAUUGGGAUAGCAUUGUCCAACCUGGCCUUUCAGGCAUAUCCCAAAAAGUUAAUGAUAGGUUUUGCAUUUUCCUGGUGGAGGAUGUUAGGUUUUAGCAAGAUCCUUUUUACUCUUUGCUUACAAAAGAGAUGUCAGAAGAGCUGUUUCAUGUUUCCAAAUUCCAGGGGGUUGUUGCAAUUCUAGUUUGAAAUCAAACUUUGCUCGAUAGCUCCUAUUUAUAUCUCUCUCUAGUGCUGUCUAAGCAUAGACUUUUUUAUACCUAGGGCAAACAGAGUAGCAUUCUUAUGAUGCUGCUUAUAAAUGUGAAGUGGAAUAGGACUUGAAUUCUCAUGAUGCUUUAAAAAAAAAACCCAGGGUUUACAAGCAAAGCUUUGUCCUGUUCUCUGCAAGUGCCGCUGCCUUCAGUGCAACCUCGGAGGGAGAGCUGAAAUCUGAAGAGCUGUUCCAUGGAUGUGAGUCUGGGUGGGAUUUCAGGGAGGCCAAGCCCCUGGCUGGGGUUUUUAGCAGUACUUUUGGUUCUCCCAGUUGUUUGGUGUCCCUGCACAGUGUCAGAUUGCCUGGAACAAGUUUUAAAGGUGGGCUGAGGAUGGAGCCUUACUGUAGAGUCUGGUCAGCCUUGGAAAUCUUUCCCGUUCACCCCAUUUUUCUCGUGCACUGUGUUUGUAGAUGCUGUUCAUGUGUAACUCAUUCCCUUUUAUUCUUCAGAGAGGGAUCCAGAAGCUGAAACCAUCUUCUAGCUACAGCUAAGGGCUGGUCUGCUCGUUGAGUUUCAUGCACAGGAGAUUCUGGGAUGAACAAGGGAGUUUUAGUAGAUGUGUGAGAGGAAGAGGUGUCUGUUCAAAAGGAGACUUCAGGAAAUGACAACCUGGAGAGACAGGAAAGUCAUUGUAGGUAAAAUAUGGAUGUGAGUCUGAGCUGUCAGCUACUCUAGCUGAGAAACAGCCUUUGGGAGCUUUGGACUUUAUUUUUUUCAAAGAAAAAAGAAAAAAUCUCAUUUUCAAAGUGACUGGAAAUUCCCUACAGGAAGCUUUUUUUUUUUUUUUUUGUCUUGUGUACUCCAGUAGUGUGUGUAGGUAAAAACAUUCAAGUUUUUUUGGUUUUGUUUGCUUUUUUUUUUUUUUUGCCUACAACUUGUUUGCUCUGUUUUCUGUGACGGUGCUUUGGUGGUUGUGAGUCUGUUGUGUUCUCUGUAUCCCUGCCACGAUCAGACUUUUUGUCUCUUUGUGCAGGAGUUCUCCUGCAGGGAAUAUGUUUCCUCACAAAAGUAACCUUCCAGUGAAGAUUCUGUGGUGAAACCCAGUUUUUUGAAACAUUUGUUACACUUGUAUCUCUUGGUUUUGUAUGUAUUUUAUUGUUUCAUCUGUGGGCAAAGUAGGAAUUUCCCGGGUAUUUAAGCUCAAGGGUCGUGGCUGAUACUGAAACAUUUUUAUAUUGUUUACGUUGUGAAAGGACAAGUUUUUAAACUUUAGCCACUGUUGUAACUCUCACCUAACUCAAGUGUAAUUUUUGGCCCAAUGGGCCAGUGGAGUCCGCCCGCCCUUCACACCCUUGGAGGAGAGACUGGCUGGGCUUGGUCCUCUGCCCUGCCCAAAAGGAUGGGAUCCAGACUGGAUUAUCUCCCAGGGGCCUGGAGCCAGCAGAUGAAGGGCUGGAAAGGAGCUGAAGUGUCUUGUCCACUCCUCAGUGCCUCUGUUCCACCCUGGGGAAGUGUAAAAUAAAGAGUUGUUGAUGGGUCUCACUCCAUUUCCUUGCAUCACUCAAAGUCCUGGGCUCUGAUUCCCCUCACCCUCAUUCCAGCUCCAGUUUAAUUGGAGUCAACAGGAGUGAGAGGCAGCAAUGUUCUUUCUUCUCAAACUGUCCUUGGUGGUGGAAUUACACAAAAGCCUUGGGACAGGUGUCACAGCAAAGGUGAAAUUCCAACCUGGCAUUUUGAACAGUUUUGGUUUUCCUGCUAAGAUGUUACUGGCCUCAUUUAGGAGCAGCCAUUUAAGCAACUUAAAUUUUUAAAAGUCUGAAAUAAACCAUGUUCCAGUAGAGAGUGGUCUGGAGGAAACUGGUGACAAUCAGGGAAUGUUAUUAAAUGUGGCUGCAAGGUCUAUUUCCUGUUUGAAGUUCCCAUUUUCAGUCUUAUCAAUGACCUGUAUGUUUUUUUCCCCCCCAUGUCUUCCACAUUAACUUCUCUUGUAAUGAUGUCACAGUUUUGGUUUUUUUUUCUGUAUUAAACCAACUUGAUGUGUUACAAAAUAUCUACCUUUUGCUACCAGUUGGAAAUUUGACUCCUGGACAGAGACUUCCUUCGUGACACUUGAGCACUGUGGCUGUUAAAUUACAUAUUCAGGACAAAAAAAAAAAAAAAGUAAAAAAAAAAAAAAAAGGGUUGUUAAAAAUAUUUUUUCAACUAUUGUUAGUUGUGGGUGAUGCCUACUUUAAUAAAAUCCUAUGCAGAUGGA